AUGAUAAUCUCACUCGCUACAAAAUAUAGUUGGAAAAGAUGCCAUGAAAAGAAAGGAAAAAAUCCAGAUGUUAAUUUGACAAAAAGAUCUAAACCAGGAACACAAAGACUAUGGAAUCUUCUCAAACAAAAAGAAAAACAACAAGAGGAAAAACAACGUAAAGAUUUUAGAGGAAUGUUUGAUCGUAUGAAAAAAGAUGAGGAAAAGGAAAAAACUGAAAGAGAUGCUUCUAAUAAAACAUCAGAAACAAAGCAAAUUAAACCAUCAUCAAAAUCAUCACAUAAUGAAAAAAUAAAAUUAAACAAAGGCGAAAAAAGUGCCAUAGAAAAACAACUGGAAGCAAAAUUAAGUGAAAACGAAGAGCCCAGAAUUGUAGAGCUUGAUGAUUAA